UUGCAGAGAGAAGAAAGAUGGAAAGUAAUGCAGUGUUGCUGGAGUCCAAGUCCUCUCCUAUCAACCUGCUGAAUGAAAUGCACCAGCUGCGUCUGCUGGGCCACCUCUGCGACGUGACGGUCAGUGUGGAGUACCAGGGCGUCAGGGCAGAGUUCGUUGCUCACAAAGCUGUGCUGGCAGCAACCAGCAAGUUCUUCAAGGAGGUGUUCCUUAACGAGAAGGGCAUGGAUGGCCCCAGGACCAACGUGUUCCUCAACGAGGUCCAGGUUGCUGAUUUUGCCUCAUUCCUUGAGUUUGUCUACACUGCCAGGGUGGAAGUGGAAGAGGACAGAGUGCAGCGGAUGCUUGAAAUAGCCGAAAAGCUGAAGUGCUUGGACCUCUCAGAAACCUGCUUUCAGUUAAAGAAGCAGAUGCUGGAGUCGGUGCUGCUGGAGUUGCAAAACUUCUCAGAAUCACAGAACUCUGAGGAAGAGAGUGCUGCCCAGCCAAGUGUUCUGCUGGAGCCCAAAGCUGUGGCCGGAGCUGACCAGGAAGACUGUGCCCUGGAUCCCCCAGAUUCCCCAGCAGCCAGGCCCAGCAAUGGAAUGGCUCCUGAGCCUCCAGCUGCCAAACCAAAAGAGAAAGUGGACAAAAAGAAGGAACUGAUGAAGCCUCCUUAUGCCAAAAUCAGAAGAGCAAGUGGGAGGCUGGCUGGGAGGAAAGUGUUUGUGGAAAUCCCAAAGAAGAAAUACACGAGGCGGCUGAGAGAGCAGCAGAAGAACGCGGAGGUUGCUGUUGAAGACAGCAAGUAUCCUCAAGAUCAGGAGAUGUGUGAGCUGGAGAGGGAUGAGGAGGAGCAAGGGGAGAACAACAUCAAACCUGAGAGCGAGGAGUGUGAUGGCCACUUGGGAUCAGAGGAAAGCCUGAAGAAAUCCGAAGAGGAUAAAAAGAAGCGCGGCAGCAACUUCAAGUGCAGCACGUGCGAGAAGGAAUUCCUGUACGAGAAAAGCUUCCUGAAGCACAUCAAGCACAGCCACGGCAUCGCAGCCGAGGUCAUUUACCGGUGUGAGACCUGCAGCCAGACCUUUGCCAACCGCUGCAACCUCAAAAGCCACCAGCGGCACGUCCACAGCAGCGAGCGCCACUUCCCUUGUGAGCUCUGCGGUAAGAAGUUCAAGAGGAAGAAGGACGUCAAGAGGCACAUUCUCCAGGUUCAUGAGGGUGGUGGGGAGCGUCAUCAGUGCCAACAGUGUGGAAAGGGGUUGAGCUCCAAAACUGCCUUGAGGCUCCAUGAAAGGACGCAUACAGGCGACAAGCCUUAUGGGUGCACAGAGUGUGAGGCUAAAUUUUCUCAGCCUUCUGCACUUAAAACCCACAUGAGAAUCCACACUGGUGAAAAACCUUUUGUCUGUGAUGAGUGUGGUGCCAGGUUCACUCAGAAUCACAUGCUUAUCUAUCACAAACGAUGCCACACAGGGGAAAGGCCUUUCAUGUGUGAGACGUGUGGAAAGAGCUUUGCCUCUAAGGAGUACUUGAAACACCACAACAGAAUCCACACUGGCUCCAAGCCCUUCAAGUGUGAAGUUUGCUUCAGGACGUUCGCGCAGAGGAACUCGCUUUACCAGCAUAUAAAAGUACACACAGGGGAGCGGCCCUACUGCUGUGACCAGUGUGGGAAGCAGUUCACGCAGCUGAACGCGCUGCAGCGGCACCACCGCAUCCACACCGGGGAGAAGCCCUUCAUGUGCAACGCCUGCGGCAGGACCUUCACCGACAAGUCCACGCUCCGGCGGCACACCUCGAUACACGACAAGAACACCCCCUGGAAGUCCUUCCUGGUCAUUGUGGAAGGAGCAGCUAAGAAUGAUGAGGGUCACAAAACGGAGCUUCCCGAUGAGGAAUACGACGUGUCCCCUAAAAUCCCGGAGAAGCUGCUGCCCUUCCCUGAGACCAGCCACUACCAGAACUUGGCAGCGGCUGCCCCGGGGAGCGUGACCGCGCUGCACGACACCAGCUCUGCCACGGGCACAGACUGUAAGUCUGAUGGGACACCAGGGCCACAGGAAGCCCUUAUAGCAACCACCUUGAGCGAGCUGACGGUGCUGCACACACAGACAGACUCGAUCCAGCCGCAGCUGCACGCUCUGGUCAACAUGGAGUAA